AUGAGAGGCCCGCGGGCGUUGCAGAAACAGAAGCAGGCUUUUCCCUGGAUCAUUUGUGUGUUUUUGAUGGUAACCGCUGGAGAAGGGAUUCGCUGUCCAAAAGGCAGUCAGGUUCAUCUGAGCAGCCUCCGAUGCUACUGGCUCUCAGAGAUGCCGCAGUCAUGGUUAGAAGCACAGGAUUCAUGCAGAGAAACCCGGGGAGCAGACUUAGCAUCUGCUGACAGCCCAGAACUGCAAAGUUUCAUCCUCCACGCCUUUCCAGUGAAAACCACUGUGUGGGUAUGGCUGCAGGGGUCCGACCGGGUUGGAGUUGUACAGCCACAAAGUCCAGUAUGGUGGGACAGAGGCGGUGAUGGUCCGGAGCUGUGCACUCAGAUGGCACUGGGAACACUGGGAAGGUGGAGGAAGGCUCAGUGUGCAGGACGACACCCCUUCAUCUGUGAAAUGGACGUAACCGAGCCUUUACCAUCUGCGUUCAGUUACCUCACUGGAUUGGUUCUCAUGACCAGCGUAUAUGCAGACGCCCAGAUACACCUUCUUCCCAGUGUCCCAGAUAUUGGACAGCACACAGUGGAGAUGCAGCUUUUCCCAGGCUUGUGGUUCAGUCAUGCAGGUCAGCUGCUGUCAGUGGAACUGGUGGUCCAGCCCAGUCCUGUGUCCUCUCUGGCUCGUGUGCAGAUCCUUCGGCCCUACUGCAGCCCUACCUACCACUUGGUACCUCCAGGCUGCAGCUCUCUCCUCAAUCCAUUCAGCUGCUGUUCAGCAGUACCGCUGUGUAACACCACAGGGGGCUGCAGCACAGGGCAGUACUGGUGCCAUCUGCUGGAGGCCUGCGUCCUCACCACCAGUCCAUGCAGCACCUACGACUCUGCCGUGGGACCUCGGGGCUUUGCUUUACCGCCCAGAUACACCGCACUACCACCCUUCUACCAUCUGGUGGCAGACCUCCCUCUGAAAAUAAACCCUAGCUUUGAGCUGAGCAUUAUAAGGCUGCCACUCCUAGAACGAGCCAUCAUGGUGUACCCUGAUGAUAUCGUGGCCAUACAGCACACUCUCGACUCUGGAACCUUUCUGCAUUGCCUAAACGGUGAAGCCUCCCGAAACUCUCCCUGGCGCCAAAGUUACCUGUCCUUUAGGGGGAUGGAGUGGGGAGGCUGGGUGGAAGGAGGAGUUACGUCACUGCCACAAGGAAGCAAGUGGGAGGAUGGGGUUGUGUGUAAUCUACGGAUGCUUUAUGUGGACACCCUUCACAGAGCUACAGAGCAUGACGAUAUCUCUGACUACACUCAGACAGAGGCAGCCACUGUCAGUGGCAUUAGGCCCCUUACCACAGGUCCUAAUCCCAGUCUUAGAUCUAAAUUCGGACUAAAUAUCAUUCACCCACUCCCAGAUGAAAAGAACCAGAUUCAUGUCCAAAUCAAUGUCCCAACUGUCAUCACUGUCAGGGCCCUGUUUGGAGCGAAAGCCAGUAGCUCAUGGUCAGCCCCAGUGCUCCAGACUGGAGUCCCUUUUCUUCCAUCCUGUCCUGAAGAUGUUUUUCAGUUUUCACCAGGCUGUAAGAAACAAUCCCAGGAUGCUUGGUUUUCCUCUGCGACUCUGCUGUUACCAUCACCGGGGAUUCAGAUCCUGAAUAUCAGUGUGAUGGAUGGACAUCGCUUUCAGAGUUUGAGUGUGAAGGUUUGUGCUUAUGAAGCUGUGAUGGGCCUCAGUGUGGAGCCUCAUGGAUGCCUGAGGAUGCUUGUAGACACAUCACAGUCUUUUACAGCCAAAGUGGAGAGUGGCUCUUCAGUAAAAUUCACAUGGGUGAUUGACGACCUUAAAGAGUUUGCCUAUGAAGGGGAAUCUUACAGUGUAAUGUUCAGGAAACCUGCUGAGUACAAGCUGCUGGUGACAGCAUCCAACCCGGUGAGCUCGCAGAGCCAGCAAAUCGUCCUGACCGCAGAUGAAGUUACAACGCUGGCUGACCCAGAGUUCCUGUCUGUCAGGGAGGUCGUAGCUGUGGAUGUUACUCACCUCUACACUGUAAGGGUCAGAGUGGAUAUCUCCCUUCCAGUCACCUUUAGGUGGGAUUUCGGGGAUGGUGGUAGCAGAGUCGUUCACACGCAGCCUGCUCCAUGUCACACCGUGGAAGCGCAUGUGGAGAGAGGAGAGAAGCGAGUGUAUGUCCAGGACUCGGUGAACUACACCUAUCUCAUCCCAGAGGACUAUACACUUCACGUUCAAGUCUCCCAUCAAUAUGACAACACUGACACAUCCAUGAAGAUAAAUGUCCGCCCUAAAUUAAUCAGCCUCCUUAUUUUGGCUUCUGCUUCGGUGCCUGGUGUCAACCAGCCUCUCCAUCUGGAAGCUUCCACUGAACCCUCCACCUUUGCUGUCGUCUACACAUGGGACUUUGGAGAUGGGUCCAAAGCUGUCCAAAGCAUCAACUGUAGAAUGAGCCACAGAUUUGCAUCUGCAGGAGUAUAUAACAUCACAGUAUUGGCUAAUAACAUGGUUACAUCCAUGACCGCCUGGCACGAAGUGGUAGUUAUGGAGAAAGUCUCUGGAUUAGCUGUCUCAAGCAACGGACCACAUGAAGUUGGCCUUGCUACAGAUUUCAAAGCUAAAGUUGCCACUGGAACCAACCUCAUCUGGGAUUUUGACUUUGGUGAUGGGUCCCGGAAAGAGAACCUUACAGAUGGUUCCAUCUCACACAUCUACAUGUUUCCAGGAAACUACACAGUAGAAGUGACUGUCUCUAAUUCUGUCAGCCAAGCUUUCCAGUCUAUAAUCAUUGAGGUCUAUAUUUUGACUGUUCGAGGUGUUCUCCCAACAGAAUGUGUCACGAGUGGAAAAGACAUACAGCUCACCACUCUGGUGAAUGGAAACAUUUCCAGUCUGACUUUCCAUUGGCUGUUUGAGGGGGACUCAUCUUUAACUGCAGUGACGGGACAGUCAACAGUCAUGCAUAUCUUUCCACACCCUGGUGUUUUUCAUGUUAACCUGACCGUGUUUAGUUCUGUCAUAUGUGCCUCAUUUAGUACCAGUAUCUGUGUUGAAAGUCCAAUAGCGAAUGUUGCAGUGCAGUCCUCAAAGAAUGUGGUGGCAGUUGGAGAACAAGUGUGUAUCAGUGUGUUAGUUUCCCCUGAACAGAAGACGAGUUAUCAGUUUAAGUGGCUUUGUAAUUUAUGUGGUCCUGCUGCCGUGACAGGAAACUCUCAGAGGUGUUUUGUCUUCAGACAUGAAGGUAUUGAAGAGGUGUCAGUAAUGGCAAGCAACAAAAUCAGCAACAAAACAGCCACAGUUAAUAUUACCAUUCAGAAACCAGUGAGUGAACUCUCUGUUAGGCACGGUAGCCAAAGUGACACUCUGAUUGUCAAUACAAUAACAUCAUUUUGGGUUGUCAGUUGUGCCGGCAGCAAUGUGUCAGUACUGUGGGACUUUGGAGAUGGGUCACCCGUGGAGCAGAAACAUAAUGUAUCUCAUGUCUUUACCUCGUCGGGUCAAUUCACAGUCACCGCAAUAGCAUUCAACGCUGUUAGCCGAGACUCUGCAACCCUCACAGUGAACGUGUUACUCCCUGUUUCCGACCUUUCACUUCACACCAGCCAGCCUUAUGCUGUGGUAGGAGAGGAAACUGUCAUCACAGCAGUUAGCAGUGCUACAAACAGCGCCAACUACCACUGGACAGUGGAAGGCACAUCUCCAUCCAGACAGGGAACUCGUGAGUUUAGAUUCAGCUUCUCCAGACCAGGAGCGUAUCACGUAAGUGUCAUAGCACAGAACUUAGUGAGUAAAAGUGAGGCAGCUAUUUUAGUUGAGGUCUUUGAAAGAAUAGAGGGACUUCAGAUUGAAUGUCGAAGCCUGACAAAUGAGAAAUAUAUACCAACUCAUGAGAAGGUCUUGUUUACCGCUUCAGUCGCCAAAGGCUCCAACAUUACUUUUCAUUGGCUUGCUAGGCAGAGUGAAAUAACCCAAGAAAUUGCAGGUGAUGGAGAACUUUUCCAUGUGGUAGCUGAAAUUCCUGGCAAUAUGUUGGUUCAGCUCAGAGCCUCCAAUUUCUUGGGUGAGGUUACCAACAGUGUUACUUUAGUGGCAGUCGAACGUGUAAAAAAUGCAGUCAUAGCAGCACAAUCGAACAUCGUGGCAUGGAAGAAAUCAGUGAAUAUCUCGGUUUCUGUGGAUACUGGAUCCGACCUGCAGUACCUUUGGCAUGUGAACACCAACCGUUUACCCCUUCAGACACGAGAACCGUUUCUUCUCUACACUUUUCCAAGUCUGGGUCAUUUUUUUGUCACAGUUUUAGUUCAGAACGCUUUUAGCCAGAGUAACGACACCAAACAGUUUUUGGUUCAGGAAGAAGUCCAAGAUGUGGACUUCCAAAUUGAUAACAAGAAACAUCCAUUUUAUGUCAAUGCAAGUGCUACUCUGUCUUUUCAUGGGUUUAUUUGCAAGGGUAAUGAACCCCUCUGGGCCUGGAAGGUUCACAAUGCCAAACAGAGCAUUUUUACCUCAACCAGUCAAACGUUUAUCUACAGAUUUCCACAUGCAGGCAUCUACCAGGUCUGUCUGAAUGUUUCCAAUGGGAUAAGUUGGCAGACGGUUUCACAUGAUGUCACAGUCCAGGAUGCAAUCACAGGUCUUGUGCUGGGCUUUAGCAAGUCCUCUUUCUGUAGUGAGGAACAAAUAACGUUUAUUCCAACAGUCUCCAAAGGAAGCAAUGUCAGCUUUGUUAUAACAUUCCAAAACAAAGACUGGAUUCAAAGCCGGGAAAUUUUUGAGGGCCAGUUAACCACAUCAAGUCUUCCAGUUGGGAGACACCUAGUUACAGUUAAAGCUUUGAACCAGGUCAGUAGUGCCAAUGCAUCCUCUGUCAUUGUAGUGACUGAGCAAGUUAAAGGUCUGCAACUUGUAAACUGUUGUUCCACUACACUAGAAGCUCUGAUAGGAAUCCAGUUCAAAGCAGAGGUUCAGAGUGGAUUUCCAGUCAACUACACCUGGAUAUUUCACUUGGAAAGGUCAAGGCCCACGUGGUUAAUGGGACAAGAAGUCGUCUUUGCUCCCUUGGAGAAUGGUUCAUUAUUUGUUCGUGUGUUAGCCAGCAAUGGACUCUGCUCUCAGACGGUAAACCUGACUGCAACAGUUGAGUGGCCUGUUAAGAAAGUAAACAUUGUCUGUCAUUCAAAGAAAAUAUUUGUUAAAUAUGCUGUCAGGUUUUCUGCAACGGUGAGCAAAGGGAGCAAUGUUAGAUAUGUGUGGGACUUUGGAGAUUCCACUGAAACGUUAGUGACAGAGUCAAGUGCUGUUAGCCACACUUACUAUAAUACUGGCAAAUACAAAGUUACGGUCAAAGCUCUCAACAGUGUCAGCCACGUGUCCUCAGAGCUACACGUCGAGGUGGAGGAGCUUCAGUGUUUCAGCCCACAGGCCUCCCUGGUCCAAAGCCAGUCUACUAUCUUCAGGGCUAGACCAAGUUACUUUGAAGCCAGUGUGAACAUUAAUUGCUCUUCUUACAAGACUCUCUAUCUGUGGGAGGUAUUCGGUGAGUCAGACUGUGCCCACGGCAACACUGAUAUUUCCGGAAACAAAGUCGUUCUUGGAACUCUGGAGGAUGCAACACCUCUGCUCUUACUCCUAAAGCAUGCACUUGAUGUAGGGCGCUAUUGCCUGGUGUUCACAGUUUCAUUCCAGGAAACUCCCAUCCUCAUCAAACGGAAGACUAACAUCACAGUGGUCCACUCACCAUUAGUGGCUGUCAUCAAGGGAGGCUCCCACAGAUUGUGGCCCAACCUAAACGAUCUUGUCCUUGAUGGGUCUGACUCUUAUGACCCUGAUAUUGAACCAGGAGUGGAGGAUUCACUGCAGUAUCACUGGGCCUACAUGACAGUGAACUCCACAGAGUCUCCAUUUGUAAAGGAGCCCAUUGGGAGGACCAGCAGUAGGAUGACAAUAGUGAGCAUUCAGCUGCACCCUGGCACAGUCUACGUUUUCACCCUUACUGUGCACAAGAAAGGGAGGAAACCUUCCUCUGUUAACCAAACGGUAACUAUCAGUGAAGCUCAUGUGCUUCCUGUCACAAUAGAGUGCACAUCCUGCUCUGUUCUCUCCUCUGCUUACCACAUCAGCUACAACACCCCUGUUGUUCUUUCUGGACACUGUGGACAAUGUGAUGACCAGGCUCAGUACAAAUGGAGAGCUGAGGACCAAACCGGUCUGACCCUCGAGCUUGAUGAGGUCACCUCUUCAGAGAGAUAUUCUCCCAGCUUGGUGGUGCGGUCAGAUGUCCUUCAGCCAGGGCAGAGUUAUUACUUUGCCCUAGAUGUAUCCCAGCCUCACAGCGGGGAACGAGGCAGCGCCAUCUUGAUGAUACAGCCAAACAAUCCACCGCGUGGCGGCCUUUGUGAUCUGAGUCCAGAGUCAGACAUACAACUGCUGGAGACAAAGGUCACCUACAACUGUUCAGGAUGGCAAGAUGAUGAAAGCAGAGCCUCUCAGCUGAUCUAUACCUUCCAGGUGGCAUUAUGUCAGCCCAUCAGCACUGCGUGCCCUCUGCUUACACUCUACAGGGGCACACAGUCAAUGUUCAGCAGCCUGGUCCCAGUGGGAAGUCCUGGGCAACAAGAAACCAUGUCAGUUAUCACAGUUAUUCUGCUAGCAGAGAACCAUCAGGGAGCAAAGGUCGUGGCCCUGAACAGAACACUGACGGUGGAAAAUCCUGCAGUCAGUGAAGUUUCCAGUCAGUGGCUCAGAAACAAGAGCCAGACUGAACUGUGGGCUUUAGUCCAACAUGGCAACCCUCAGGAAAUCAUCCCAUAUUCCAUUGCCCUCACCAGCAAGCUCAACCAGAUCAAGCUUGAAUGGACGACUGAGGAACUCAUGGAGAGGAGGCAGAUCCGGGAAAAUGUGACAGAAGCUCUCGCCUCCCUCCCUGUGUCCUCCUUGCUGGAUGUCGAUCAGCUCAGCUCAGCACUGUCUCAAUCUAUGGCUGUUCCCAGUGAGUUUGUACGUGAGAACUCCCAGAAGAAAGUUCUGGAAGCUGUGGGGAAGAUGAUCCAUGUAAUAGAGAAGCAGAAGAAUCCUGCUUUUUUGUCAGCUGCCGAUACGGGAAGAAACAUCCUUAAUGUCAUAGGUAGCACUCUGGCGGCUGUGUCUGGGUCAGUCAGUGGUUAUUCAGCCCACUUAGAAACUCUGCAGGCAGCUUCAGCAGCAUCGCUGUCAGCACUGAGCUACACGGGAGCCUUAAUGCGCACACUGAUGCGUUCCCGAGUUCCUGGUGAGGCGCCUUUUUCGCUCUCCACCAACUACAUCACCACAGUGGGUUUCCAAGGAGACCCUUCUGAUCUCCUCUGCCAGUCAAACCAGAUCGCCCGACAGUCAUCGUUAGCAGGCAAACCGAAGGCUUCUUACCCUUGUCAGUUUGUUAUCCCCACCUCCCUGACAGCUCAUCUGAAGAACCAAGGGUCUGAGGUGGUGCAGGUGUUGUUUGGUUUGGAUAGACCACUGGAUGCCAGUGCUUUGCUGGCUGCAGCCAACCCUCCAAUUUCCACCACUCUUGUGGCCAUGGAGCUCAGCACUCCUCAGGGUCAGCCCAUACCCAUCCUGGAUUUGGACCCUGAACAAGCCAUACAGGUCUCUCUGCCAAAUAAGUACUCCAUAGAAAGCGGAGAUGAGAGAGUAGGUGAAGUUGGGAAUGAGACAUGUUUGACUGCAACACUGUUGGCUGAAGGACAGCUGAACUUCACAGUAAAAGUUCCAGACAACCUCGAUGAAAAUGCAGGUUUAUACAUCUCCUUCAACUUCAGCUUGGCUCCAGGAGCAGCUCCAGUGACAGUUGGCCAUGUGAAGAUUGCAGUGCCGAGGACUAAUGCAUCCCAGGAUUCCCUGAUGAGAGAGCGGGCUCUCACGCUCUCUGCUCUGGCCGCCUCCUCGGAAGAAACCAUUUUUCUGUCUCCCCUUCUGAAUGGGACAGACAAGCCUCUCUCUGUCAGCCUGAGCUCCUCUCUGGUCGACGGCGGUCCGGUCCAUGUGUCGGUGUGUGUGUUCAGCUCUCUGUGCCAGUACUACAGUGUGGAGGAGAGGCGUUGGCGCCGUGAAGGCCUUCGACCACUGGAGGGCAGCACACUCCACACGGCACUCUGCCUCACGCAGCACCUCACCAUGUUUGGGGCCAGUCUGUUUGUCCAUCCGGGGGCCGUUGUUCUGCUACCACCUUCAGGAGACCCCAUGAGGACCAUGGUGGUGGGGAUUAUCUGCGCUGUCCUGGUUUUGACUCACCUGCUGGUGGGGCUCAUUGCCCACAAACUGGACCACUUAGACAGCUUGAGGCUGAGCCAGGUUCCACUGUGUGGGCGACCAGGGCUGUACCACUACAGAGUGCUGGUUAAGACUGGCUGGAGGCCAGGGGCAGGAACCACAGCACAUGUUGGCAUUAGUUUGUAUGGUGUGAAAAAGAGCGGCUCUCACCAUCUGCAGAGGGAAGGAGCUUUUCAGCGUGGCAGCCUGGACCAGUUUCACGUGGAGACAGAUGACAACCUGGGAGAAGUCUGGAAAAUACGCAUCUGGCAUGAUAACACAGGUUUGGACCCAUCGUGGUACGUUCAGCACGUGGUGGUGUGGGACCUUCAGAACGACCACAUGUUCUUCUUCCUGCUGGACGAUUGGCUCUCUGUUGAGAAUGAGAAGAAUGGCACAGUGGAGAAGGAAGUUCUUGCCUCUUGUCCAGAGGAGCUCACUCUGUUUAAAAGGGUGUUCAUCUCCCAGCUGAUAUUUGGCAUGUUUGACCGCCACCUGUGGCUGUCGCUGUUGGAACGGCCCCCUCACAGCUGUUUCACGAGGGGACAGAGAGUUACCUGCAGUGCCCUCUCGCUGCAUCUCUACCUGGCACUGGGGGCUCUGUGGUAUGGAGCCGUUGGCACUGUGAGCCACAGUGGACCCGUUUCAGCCCAUCUGCUGGCUAACAUGGAGACAGUUGCCGUGGGGGUGACUGUUGCUGUACUGGUGUUUCCGCUUCAGUGUUUCCUCUGCUUCCUGUUUAGAAAAGCUCACAGGCAGGUGACCGUGGAUGUGUCGGUCCCGCCCUCUCCAGUUUGUCACUCUGUGGAGAUGGACGUAUUCCUUGGCCAGUCGGAGCUCUCUUGCCCUUCCUUUCUGUCUUUGCCAGAUUCCUCGGGCCGAGUCAGAGACAGUCCUUCGUCUUUGCUGGAGAGCAAGGCAUUAGGCUCCAGUAUCCUGGACUUCUGGGCUGCCUCUGGCUUGGUGCCCCAGACAGAUGGAGCAUAUCAAGAGGACGGCAUCAUGGCAUGGCCAUCAUGUGACAGCCUGCUCAGUCUGCCAACAGGUUCAAGCCCCUCCAAGACAACCUUAGCCCCUGACCUCUGCAAGGCUUCACCUGCACAGGUCCCUGCACGCCAGCUGAAGCGUAAAAAGGCGUUGAUGCAGCUUCACUUGGUAUCGCACAAAUCCCCAGACACGAACCCCAAUCUAGUCCAAGUUCACAGCCACAAUCUGACUCUGUCCGAGGAGGAUCUGCUAAUGUCGAUCGAAGCGGAUGCAAACAACAGCAGCUCAGACAGCGGCCGGGAUUCUCCGAGAACCACAUCCACAUUCUCAACCAUGCGGAGCUCCUCGUGGAGCAGCUGGUCAGAGCACAGUGAGCAAGACCUUCAGUCUCAUCCCUCGCUGUAUGGAGCUGGACUCUAUAAGUGUCCAUCUGUAGACUCGAUGGCAAGCACCUUCCUACCGAGCCCUUCUCCUGACUCCGCAUGCUCCUCCUACACAACACGCAUAGGUGUUGCUCGAGGUCAGCCAGGCAGGCUGCUUCCUCACUGGGGGCUGCGUGUCAUUUACCCGCUGGUCGCUGUGCUGCUUGGGGUGUGCCUGGCUGUGGUGGGACUCUAUGGAAGCUUCUUCUCCAGGACAGUAGUCUUCAUGUGGCUGGUAUCAGCCCUUUCUGCUUUUCUAACCUCUGCUCUGCUGCUGGAACCUCUCAAAGUGUGUGUGCAGGCCUUGAUCUACGCAGUACUGUGGAAACCUGUGGAUCCAGAGGUGGAGGAGCAGCUGGCUCAGGAGACAACUGUGGUGAGGGCAUUUGGAGAGCAGAGCGGGAAGGUCCGACCGCCGUGCGGCUACGGGCUACUGCAGGCGAAAGAGGAGGCACGCAAAGUCCGAGCGCUGCAGUCUCUCAUGAGGCACUGUGUGUGUCAGCUGUUAUUUCUGUUGCUGGUGCUGAUGGUGAACUACCAGGACAGGACGGAGCAGGGACAGGCCAGGCUUCUGCACGCCACCAUCAAACAACAUCUUCACACAUCACCUUUGGGGUUUCCCAACCUCACCUCACUCAAAGACUGGUUAGACACAGAGCGGUGGGUCAACCACACCUUGUUGCCACAUCUCCACCAAAACCCCUCGUUGCACCUCGUAGGGUCGCCGCAGCUGCAGUACACGCACGCUCUCGGUAACCUGGCAGUUCACCUUCAGGCAAACAGCAGUGCGAUCACACGCCAGCUCCCAGCUGCCCUUCACAUGGCAGACAAAAGCAAGAAGCAGUUUGAAGCGCUUUCCAUAGAGUUCGCACAGUACCACAGAGAGUCUGCUCUGUUUCUGUGUGUGUGCAUAAAACUAAAGUGGACUCAGACACGAGGCAUCACACCCUCUCUCUGGAUCCAUCCACUCCUCAUCCCUUCAUCCUUCUCAGGACUGGACCUUCAGAUGGCGCUUCCAAUUCUUCUUCUCAUGUCUGCUCUCCUGAUCGUGUUCGGGGAGCUGUGGUCUGUGGCCACUGAGUGUGCUCAGUAUCUGCGGCAAUGCCAUCACUGGUUCCAGCUGCUCCUGGCCUUCUUCUCGCUGACAACAGCCAUCCUGCAGCUCUGCUUCCUGUCAUGUGCAUCUUCGUGUGUUUCCGAGCUGCGGUCCCAACCAGGCAACUUCAUCAACUUCCACAGCGCUGCCCUUCUGGCACAAACGUCCUCUCAGUGUGCAGCUGUCUUGCUCACUCUGCUUGUGCUAAAGCUGCUGGGAACCUUAAGGUUUGUGCAGAGGUGGGCUGUGAUAGGCAGAGUGUUGCACAGAGCCUGGAGGGAGCUGCUGGCUCUGGCUGUCCUGGUGCUGCUGCUGCUGCUGCUCUGCGCUCACUUUGGAAAUGUGCUUUUUUCACGAUCUGUGGAAGGUUUCCUGUCAGUACGAGAGACCAUCGUUUCAUUGUUGUCCAUUCUUCAUGGUCGGACGGUCCUGCAGAGACUCUGCAGGGUCCACCCGCUCCUGGGCCCCGUCUAUGGGCUGCUUCUCAUGGGAGGCUGCUUUUGGAUCUUGGCUAGACUCUGCGGGGCUGUUCUUAUCCAUACUUACAGGGCAGAGCAGGCUGAGCUGUUUCAUCCCAACAUUGAACCUCAGGACUAUGAAAUGGUGGAGUUCUUCAUCAAAAGGCUGAAGCUGUGGAUGGGACUGACCAAGGCUAAACAGUUCAGACACAGGGUGAAGUUCAAAGGCAUGGACGUCCCUCCUUCCAGGUUCUUACAGGAAUCUCGUCUGUCCACUCUGUCUUCCAGCCUUCCUUCGUCCUGCACUCCUUCUCUGUCCUCUUCAUCCUCGGGUCUCUCCAGUAGGUCUGAGGAUUUGUUGGCGUCUGAGCCCAAAGUCCAGCUCUACCUGGACAGUCUCCUGCCCUGUGUCACUGCCUUGUUAUCUCAUUUUGAUCGUGUCAACCAGCUAACUGAGGACAUUUACAACCUGGAAAUUAAACUAGUUGAAGUUCAGGCCAGGAGAAGGAAGACAUGGAUAAAUUACAAGGAGAAAAGUGAAGGAAUGUUUGGAGAGUUAGGAAAACCAAAGGAUGCAGAUGAAGGGAAGGUAGCAGGAGAAGUUAGACAGAGGAAGACCAGAGGUAUUCAUCCCAGGCUACGAGUCCUCCUUCCAUCCUCAUUUUCUUUCAAUCCCUCCACAUUUGACUCUUCUGUCCCAUCAAUGUACUUCUUUCCCCAUGCAUCUACCUCCUACUCUGAGUCUCAAGCAGUGCCGGUUCAACCUCUGCCAUUCAGUGAUGUGUUUUCUUCUGAGGGUGCCAAUCCAACACCUGGAUUCAGUUCAUUGUAUGCAGCAGCUCCGAGGUUUGGCAGUUGUCCCAGAAGAAGAGCAUGGUAUUCUGAGAGCUCUCAUUCAGCUGAUGUCACUCAGAGGGUAUUCCAGCUCUCUGGAGCUUCUCCGUGUAGAAAUGGAGGAGAAUAUUAUGCAUUUGCUAAUGUCAGACCCAAAAGUGAAGAGGGGGUAAGAAGGUGUAUCAGUGAUGGGAUUCCAGUAAAGAGGAACGCUUGGAUCUCUGAAGGACCAGAGACUGAGUAAGACUGAAAGACAGUGGCUUUAUUAGGCAAACAGAAUCACUGAGAAGAAAUGACUGAAAUGUGAUUGUAUAAAAAGAUUGUUUUCCACUUUGUGCAUUUUGGCACAUUUUACCAUCCUCGGUAAU